CCGCACUGCCUUUACAAGCAGCUCCAGUCCUUCUGAGAGAGACGAGCUGCAUCCUGAGUGAAGUUUGGAUACCUCUGGCUCCUGGGCAAGGCAAAUAACGAGCAAAACAUGUGGAUUAAAAAUGUUGGACUCCUGUGUGUGUUGAUUCUUGUGUCCCAGAUGCUACUCACCAGCUGUGAAAGGCAGGAGAGAAGAAAGGGGAAACAAGGCAUAGAGCACGGUGGGAAAAAACAGACUGAAUCAAACCCAGAGAGAGAAAAAGGGCGGAAACCAAAAGGAGGAAAGGCAUCUCCUAAAGGCAAAUUUAAAUCCAAAGAAAAUGCUGACUGCACCUGGGCGGUGACCGACAUGAGUGCUGCAACUGUGCACAUUGAGUGCAGGAAUGGGGACAGUGCGUUCUGGUGUGAGUUCUCAGGGGACCCCUCCACCUGCCCACACUAUGCAGCAAAUCAGAAGUCCUACUGGAAGCAGGUCUCCCGCUCCCUGAAGAAGCAGAAGCAGAUCUGCCAAGACCCCAGGAGCAUGCUAAAAUCUAAAAUAUGCAGGAAAAGCCCACGAGGCGCUCACCUCAAGCUGACACGCUCAAGCCUCCUGGCAGCAGAGGGCCCUGCCAAAGAGCACCCAGCUCACCAUGCUGCAGAGGAUGCCCAGGUCCCAGCAGCUUCUGAGACUGGAAAACAGCCAGAACACAGCCCUCCAGACUGCGUGGAAGACGUAGAUUACAUUGAUCAGAAGAAGGUGGCUGAGGAAUACUGCCCAGAGAGUUUGCUGUCUUUAUGCAACUUCUUCAUCACCAUGGUGCAAGACAAAAAGUGCUGAGGAUGUGUUUGUAAAGUUCCGCAUCACAACAGUCUGAUCUCACCGAAAUUACUGCAAACUCCCAGGUUUUAUUCUCCUGUUAUAUAGUGUACAUAGGAAAAAAAAAAGACAUAAAA